AUGCUACAAAAUAUACGUUACAUACAGUGGAGGUUUGGACCUGAAAAAGCAUUUAUAGUCAUUCAAUUUAAUAAGGCGGCACCUGCUAUUAAUUAUUUUAAUGCUGAGAGAUUCAGAGACAGACUACAGAUGAACAAUCAAACUGGAUCUCUGACCAUCAGGAACAUCAGAACAACAGACUCUGGACUUUAUCAACUACAGAUGAUAAAAUACAUACCGUUUUAUUUCAAUGUUACUGUCUAUGCUCGUCUGCCCAUUCCUGUCAUCACCAGAGACUCUUCAAACUGUUCAUCCUCAUCAUCAGGAUCAUCACAGCAGAACUGUUCACUGCUGUGUUCAGUGGUGAAUGUGGGUCAUGUGACUCUCUCCUGGUACAAAGGAAACAGUUUAUUGUCCAGCAUCAGUGUGUCUGAUCUCAGCAUCAGUCUCUCUCUACCUCUGGAGGUGGAAUAUCAGGAUAACAACACCUACAGCUGUGUGCUCAACAAUUCCAUCAGCAACCAGACCACAAAUCUGGACAUCAGUGGACUCUGUCAGACAUGUGCAGAUCGAGUCCACUGUUGUGGUUUCACUGAAGCUGUGAUUCGAUUGGUCAUCUCUGCUGUGGUGGGCGUGGCUACUGUUGCCAUAGUGGUUUAUGACAUCAGAUCUAGAAGAGCUCUGACAUCAGUCCCUGAAUAA